UUGGUGUUAGUAUUAGGGGACCUGCACAUCCCCCACCGGUGCAGUGGUCUGCCGGUGAAGUUCAAGAAGCUGCUGGUUCCAGGAAAGAUUCAGCACAUCUUGUGUACAGGAAACCUCUGCACCAAGGAGAGCUAUGACUACCUCAGGACUCUGGCUGGGGACAUCCAUGUUGUUAGGGGGGACGCUGAGAGCCUGAAUUAUCCUGAAGAGAAGGUUGUAACUGUUGGGCAGUUCAGAAUCGGGCUGAUUCACGGCCAUCAAGUUAUUCCCUGGGGCGAUCUGGCCAGCCUGGCACUGCUGCAGAGGCAGCUGGAUGUGGACAUUCUCAUCUCGGGACACACGCACAGAUUUGAAGCAUUUGAACAUGAAAACAAGUUCUACAUCAACCCGGGAUCAGCUACAGGAGCCUACAGUGCUUUGGAAACGAACAUCAUCCCUUCAUUUGUACUGAUGGAUAUCCAGGCUUCCACAGUUGUGACUUAUGUAUAUCAACUAAUUGAGGAUGAUGUGAAAGUAGAAAGAAUUGAGUUCAAGAAAUACUGAAUCAUGUUCAAAGCUGCUCGUUGAUUUCUCACCGCCUUUCAUUCCUUCUCUUUCCAGUUAAGUCGAAGGGGAGGCAGGCCACGGGGGGGUGCUGCUGCUGUGGUGUGUUGGACUGUAA